AUGUCAGACCUAAUCAGAGAUGCGCCCCUUGGGCAAUUGAUUCGCCUCGUCACACGGAACCGCUAUCUCAAAUAUCCAGAAGAGAGACCCGACUUCCAAUGUCCGGAUUGCUACAGCCAUCCCGACAAAAGACUCGACUCCGCAAUAACGGAUGCAUUUUCGCCGGAGGUUGAGCCCACCCAAGAAGAAGUCGAGAAACCUGAAGAGGCAGAGGAUCCUGAAAAGCAGCGCUCCGACUCUUCGGAUGAUGACACCGUCGACCUCGAAAAAUCAAGGACAACCGACACGACAAGAAGCCAGCGAGCCAACCUACGCAGAGCGAGGACUGCGAGCUCUAACAGGUCCGCACAAACUCAGCUCGAACAUGUUAUCACCGGCACUGCAGCUCAAAGGAUCAUCACCUACGCGGAUCUCGAACGACAAUUUAGCAUUGCUUCUCUCGAAAAAGGGCCUAGCAGGCCUAUCGAGCCAACACACUUGGACGAUGGCACGAUACUUGUCGACUGGUAUCUUACCGAUGAUCAAGAGAACCCGCAAAACUGGUCCGCCAAAAAGAAAGCAUUUGUGGCGCUGCAGAUUUGUCUCUACACGCUCGCCGUAUACAUGGGCUCCGCAAUCUACACUCCCAGUGAAUUAGGCGUGAUGCGGGCAUUCAACGUCACCCUGCAAGACGCCUUCCUCGGGCUCUCGAUGUAUGUACUCGCCUACGGCAUCGGGCCGCUGCUCUGGUCGCCCCUCAGCGAGAUCCCCUCCAUCGGCCGCAACCCGCCGUAUUUGAUAACGUUCGGCAUCUUCGUCGUGCUGAUUGUGCCCACGGCACUGGCACCCAACUUCGACACCCUGAUCGCGAUGCGCUUCCUGCUAGGUUGGUUCGGAUCGCCAUGCCUAGCCACCGGUGGUGCCUCCCUCGGCGACAUGUACUCCCUCAUACAUCUGCCGUACGUGCUAUGUAUGUGGGCGCUGGCUGCAACGUCGGGCCCGGCGCUCGGCCCACUGAUCUCGGGCUUCAGCGUUGCGGCGAAGAACUGGCGCUGGUCGCAGUGGGAGAUGCUCUGGCUGGCGGGACCCAUCUGGAUCCUGCUGUUCCUUUGUCUUCCCGAGACGAACCCCUCGACAGUCUUGUUGAGGCGUGCUGCGCGUCUGCGGAAGGCGACGGGUAAUAAGAACCUGAAGUCUCAGAGCGAGAUCGAUCAGGCGCAUUUGUCGCCCAGAGAGAUUAUCGUGGAUGCGCUUUGGAGGCCGCUGCAGCUUAUACUCCAGGACCCGAGUAUCGCGUUCACGGCACUGUACAUCGCACUUGUAUACGCCAUCUUCUACACGUUCUUCGAAUCCUUCCCCCUAGUCUACGAACGCAUGUACGGCUUCAACGUCGGGCAAAUGGGCAUCUCCUUCCUCUCCAUCACCGUCGGCGUCAUCAUCGCCAUUUCCUCCUACUGGUCCUACCUCUACUUCUACGCAACCCCCCGCCUCCUAACCAAGGGCUUGGGGCUCCCAGAACAGCGCCUCCUCCCCGCACUGCUCGCUUGCGUCCUCUGCCCCAUCGGGCUCUUCAUGUUCGCCUGGCUCGCGCGCCCCAGCAUCCACUGGAUCGCGCCCACGAUCGGCGUCGGGAUCUUCACCAUCGGCGUCUUCCUCGUCAUCCAGUGCAUCUUCUUGUAUCUCCCGCUCAGCUACCCCCAGUAUGCGGCGAGUCUGUUUGCAGGGAACGAUUUUGCGCGCAGCACGCUUGCGGCUGGCGCGGUUCAUUUUGCGACGCCGAUGUUUGAUGGCUUGGGCGUUGAUGGUGGCGUUAGUUUGCUGGCGGGCUUGACGCUGGUUUGUUGUGUUGGUGUGUGGGCGCUCUGGUGGUGGGGCCCGCAGUUGAGGGCUAGGAGCCGGUUUGCGGCGAAGUAG